GGUUUUAACAACGUUUAAUAAAUGAACUUAACAACAUUUGCUGUAAUAUUUAGUCAUCAUUGUGCAGAGAAAUUAGGGGAAAUGACGGCUCUCUUCAGUCUUCACAGUCCCCAGUGCAGUUAUUUUUACAGUAUGCAACUUUUGAUAAUUGUUGAUUAAUGGAAGUUUUUAUCUAGCAAAACAUAUACAUAAUGUUUACUUAUUGCAUAGUUAAUUUAUUUGAUUAAGAGAAUGGCAUCAUGUUAAGAUGUACAGCAAACAUUGUUAAGAUGUACUUGUUUUAUAUGGUAUCAUGUUAAAUAUAUUUGUUAUAUGGUUGAACAAUUUAGCAUAAAAUAUUAUUGAAACACGCACGUAAAUACAGUCCACGCUUACGCUUUAUAUAAACGAACCAAAUAUAGAUUAUAUUCUGCAUCGACCCUGGCUUUAAUCUACUCUUAGAAAUUGGAUUAAUAUAGAAUGUGAAAUACGAAUUUCCUAAAGAACAACUCAUUAAAAAAAAAGUGAUUAAAAAAUAUUUUUCCCUUUUGUUUUCAGAUAACAACCAGCAAAAAGAGACUCAUUCUCCACACACAUCUCUAAUAUAAAUACGGCAAAGAAGGCUUCUCUUUAUUUGCGUCAAACAAAUCAACGCCUCCAAAUACUCUAAAAACUCGAAAAUAAAUAUGGAAUCUCCGGAGGAUAACAAUAACAACGUCCGGCAACCGCUGCUGGAUAGUCCAGCGAAGAAAGCAGCCGACGAGGUGGAGAGAUUAUGCAUAGACGAUAUGCUACAGCGAUACUGCGGCGAGUUUGGUCGGUGGCAGAUGAAGCACUUCGUGCUGACGUGUCUUGCCUGGGCACUAGAGGCGUUUCACACCAUGGUGAUGAUAUUCGCCGAUCAAGAACCGAACUGGAGGUGUGUCGGGUCGGAUUGUCCGGUCGGAUCUUCGUAUUGCGAUAUGGAUCCGGGUUCUUGGGAAUGGACAGAAGGCAAAGGAAGCUCCACGGUGUCGGAGUGGGGAUUGGUGUGCGGCGAGAAGUAUAAGAUCGGUCUCGUUCAAGCCCUCUUCUUCGCUGGUUGCAUGAUCGGUGCGGGAGUAUUCGGACACCUCUCGGACUCGAAGCUAGGAAGAAAAGGCUCACUAACAGUUGUCUGCAUCAUCAACGCAAUCUUUGGUAUCGCUACAGCUUUCUCCCCAAACUACUGGGUCUACGUGGCUCUCAGAUUCUUAACCGGUUUCAGCACCGGUGGUGUCGGUCUAACCGCGUUCGUCCUAGCCACAGAACCGGUUGGACCAAGCAAACGCGGUGUAGCCGGAAUGUCGACGUUCUACUUCUUCUCCACCGGCAUUGCGCUCCUCUCCGGGAUAGCUUACGUUUUCAGGUCGUGGAGAGAGCUUUUCAUAGUAUCGUCAUUACCGUCUCUCUUUUUCCUCCUCAUCGUCAUUCCGUUUAUCUCUGAGUCCCCGAGGUGGUAUUUAGUUAGAGGCAGAGUAGACGAGGCUAUGGAGCUGAUGCAUACGAUAGCUAAAACGAACGGCCGUCACAUUCCAGCUGGUGUCACACUUUCUCUAGACGACGAGGAAGAUAAGGAGGGCGAGAGGAAUAAUGUUGUCGAAGGAUCGCUUAAAGACGUUUUAAACUCGCCUCUAACGCGGAUACGGCUUAUCUUAGCCAUAGCAAUAAGUUUCACUGUCUCGAUAGUAUACUACGGACUAAGCCUCAACGUAGGCAACCUCAAGACCAAUCUCUACCUCAACGUCUUCCUCAACGCCGUCACAGAGAUGCCAGCUUUCGCCAUCACAGCGGUUUUGUUAGACCGGUACGGGAGGAAACCGUUAACCAUAGGGACUCAGUGGUUCAGCUGCGUGUUCUGUAUAACGGGUUUCGUUGUAGGAGGCGUCGGUCCGUGGAAAACGGUUAGGAUGGUUUCAGGUGUUUUGGGGAUUUUUGGAAUGGCUGGAACGUACAAUCUUUUGUUUAUAUAUAUAGCGGAGCUGUUUCCUACGGUGGUGAGGAACGCCGCGUUGGGUUGCGCGACUCAAGCGGCUCAGAUGGGAGCGAUUCUUGCGCCGUUUGUGGUGGUUUUAGGAGAGGGUUUACCGUUUGGUGUGUUUGCGGUUUGUGGGUUAGUGGGAGGUGGGCUUGCGUUUUACUUGCCGGAGACGUUGAACAAGCCCAUGUAUGAUACAAUGUUUGGGAUGCAUGAAGCUGAGAGUAAUAGAGGAAGAGAUCAAGUGUGUUAAAGAAGAAAAAAAUUUAGAUAUGGGAGACAUGGAGAUCUUAGGGGCAAAAAAGUAACGGGUUGUUUUGUUUGUAGUCUAACUUGUUUUGCUCUCUUCAUGUUUCAAGUGUUGUGAUUUUGCUUGCAAGUCUUUGGUUUUGAAUGGUGGAACGCUUUUACAAAAUUAAUGAUGAUUUUGUUACCCGGUUAA